CAAAUUGUAUGGUGUGGCACGCAUUUAGAGAUCUCUCUCCCUUAUUUUUCUCAACUGAUUUUGUGUUAGCUAGAUUUUAGACCUCGUCAACUCGAUUACAUCUCACAAGCUCUCAUUUUUAGUCUCUGAUUCUGUCCAUUUCGUCCUCGCUGUCAGAUUAGCAAGCCUUCAUAUAUAUGUGCAGCUUCUCUACCUUCCUCUGCUCACUUCCCUUCCUACAUUAUUUUUUUUUUCUCUCUCUAAAGGAAUAUUUAUACUGGUGAGGGCUUGAUUUUGGGCAUCUUGGUAAUGAGUGCUUGAUCCUCCUGCCCUUCUUCUUUCCAUCUCAAAUUGAGCAAACCGAUUUAAUCAUGGCCGACGUUAUGUCUGGACCGAUUGAUCGACACAUUAGGGCCGGUCUUGAAGACACCUCUGAGGAUGAGAGGAGGACAAGACUUGGGUCUCUUAAGAAGAAGGCAAUUAGUGCCUCAAACAAGUUCAGGAAUUCUUUGACAAAGAAGGGUCGGAGAAACAGUAAAGUUAUGUCUGUAGCGAUUGAGGAUCAUAUUGAUGCAGAGGAAUUACAGGCAGCCGAUGCAUUUCGCCAAGCACUUAUUUUGGAAGAACUACUGCCCUCUAAACAUGAUGACCAUCAUAUGAUGCUAAGAUUCUUAAGGGCAAGGAAAUUUGAUAUUGAGAAAGCCAAGCAAAUGUGGGCUGAUAUGCUUCAGUGGAGGAAGGAAUUUGGUGCUGACACAAUCAUGGAGGAGUUUGACUUCAAGGAAAUAGAUGAGGUCUUGAAAUACUAUCCACAAGGACAUCAUGGAGUUGAUAAAGAUGGGCGACCUGUUUACAUCGAAAGGCUCGGUCAAGUUGAUUCUAACAAGCUGAUGCAAGUGACAACAAUGGAUCGCUAUAUCAAGUACCAUGUAAGGGAGUUUGAGAGGAGCUUUGUUGUUAAGUUCCCAGCCUGUUCAAUUGCAGCCAAGAAGCAUAUUGAUCAGAGCACUACUAUUUUGGAUGUACAAGGAGUGGGGCUUAAGAGCUUCAACAAAGCUGCAAGGGAGCUCGUUCAGCAAAUUCAGAAGAUUGAUGGGGACAAUUAUCCUGAGACCUUGAACCGGAUGUUCAUCAUCAAUGCUGGUCCUGGAUUUAGGCUCCUAUGGAACACUGUGAAGUCAUUUCUUGACCCAAAGACAGCUGCGAAAAUCCAUGUUCUGGGGAGCAAAUACCAGAGCAAGUUGCUAGAAAUUAUUGAAGCUAGUGAGCUGCCAGAGUUUUUGGGUGGAACUUGCACUUGUGCUGAUAAAGGUGGUUGCAUGCGCUCUGAUAAGGGCCCAUGGAAUGACCCCGAUAUACUAAAGAUGGUUCAAAAUGGUGAGGGCAAAUGCCCUGGGAGAAUAUUGUCAGGAAUUGAGGAGAAAACAAUAUCUGACGAUGAGAAACCAUCACAUCAGAGACAUGAUUCCUUGGGCUCGGAUGCUGGUAAUCAACUUCCGAGGGAGAAUGUGGAGCAUCUGCAGCUACCUCCAGUUCCAGAAGAAUUAACAAUCAAAAAGAGGUGGAACGGUGGCUAUGAUAAUGAGAAAGUGAUUCCCAUGGUUGACAGAAAUGUACAUGCUGCCUGGCUUAAACCAGUACAGAACGAUAAACUCGCCGUAUCUAGAGAUGGAUUCUCUGCUCAUGAUGCCCGCAACCCUGGAGGAAUGAGCAAUAACAUCGUCACUGGGAUCAUGGCUUUGGUAACGGGCGUUAUCACCAUGGUCCGGUUGACCCGUGACAUGCCUAGAAGACUUGCUGAAGCUGCUCUCUAUAGCAGUCAAGUAUAUUAUGAUGAAAAAAUGUUGAAGGCUGGUCGUCAGUUACCAGCACCAACCGUCGCUGGCACUGAAUACAUAACCAUGAUGAAGCGCAUGGCGGAUUUGGAAGAGAAGAUGAUUACUCUGAGCUCAAAGCCUGUAUUCAUGCCACCCGAGAAAGAGGAAAUGUUGAAUUCUGCUCUAGCCCGCGUUGAUAAUCUAGAGCAAGAACUAGAAGCAACAAAGAAGGUAUAUCUACUUGCUUCUCUUGGUAUCUAUAUUCAGCGAAAGCACGACAACUCAAUUAGGAUAGGAAAAUUGUGCUGAUGGUUUCUUUUUUAUGGCAUUUCUUGAUUUGCAGGCACUUCAGGAUUCCUUGGUAAUACAACAGCAGCUCCUAGCAUACGUUGAAAAGAAAAAGAAGAAGAAGAAGAAGUUUUUUCUAUUCUGAUUGAAGAACCCCAGUGUGCCGGUGAGGUAGAACCGUAAAAGACAUGGGAUUUUCAUCCUAAUAUCUACUGAUUUUGGUGGCAAUGAUGAUAAUUGAGCCCCACAGAAAUCUGUUCAACUGCUCUAAAGAGAAUUGUUUGCUGAGUGUAGCAUUCAACUUGAAGCCCUUGGUAUAAUAUUUGACUCAUGGAGAGUCUGCAACUUC